AUGCAAAGCUUGGAGAAAACAGAAGAAAAGAGACUAAAAUUGCUUACUGACAGACAGCACAAACUGCUGGAUAAGGCCAUGUCAUUAGUAGCAACUGGGUGCAAAAAAAGAGGAAACUAAGAUAAAGUUAUCCAACCUGCUAAGAGAGAAGAAAAAUAAUGAGCACUUGUCAUCGUGUUGGCUUCAUUGUACAUUACUUUUAUAGGCUUUACUUUGCAUUUGGUGACAGUUAACUUGGAUAUCACUUGUUAAGAGCUAGUCAUCCUGCGAAGGUGCUUAUUUGUUCUUUUUUUGUUUUGUUUUAAGGAAAAUUCUGCUUUGCUUACAGGGCAAAGUUGACGUUUCUGUGAGAACUAACAUAAAGAAGGGAUACUAUUGUAUCUGCCUUUCAAAUAACCACUGAGUUGAACAGAGUUGAAAAAAAGUUCCCAACAGAGUUGAAAAAAGGCUUCCUAUUUUUUGACCAAUGUCUCAUAUUUUCCUAUUUUCUGAGAGUCAUUUGCCGCUUGACACCUUGCAAGCGCAAAAACGUAUGACGCCAUAUGCGAAUUGGAUACUUGUUAUCCAAACAGGCGACUUCUUAUGUCGUUUUCAGCCGUUUUAGGGCCUGUUUAUAUGAGGUGAGCCAGGCCGGCUCGGCUCAUGCUUUCUUUCUUAUUAAAAGUUUUCGUUGUGUUCAUAUGAGGAAGCAGACUAGCCCUAUUGCCGAGAUCUCGGCUCGAGCAACCAAAAGUAAAUGGGUCCUUAAUCGACUAUUUUGCCCUCCAAAGCAUGAUCAUACAUCACAACCAUAAGCUAUCAUAGGCAAUAAUCACCCAAGUUUGGUAAACCAUUCAGAUGGUCAAAGUUUUUUACACCCUCUUAACAGAGCAACUUGUCUAUUCGAACUUCACAGCCUAUGGAGUUAAAAUAAUGAUGGUUUACAGUUUUUCCUCAGAAAACAAAAGGCUUCAUAUAUUAUAGGUAUAUAAAUGAUUACUUCGACAAGAAAGGAAGUCGCUGUUUUUUAAUUAGUAUAUUACUUGUACAGUGAACAUACUUAAUUAUUCCACGAGAGCGCGUUGGAUAUGAGGUAGUAGAUAGUCAAUGAGGCGCCUCCCAUAUCCAAGUGGAAUAAUUGUUUUAUUAAAAACGCCCACAAAAUAUCGAGAAUUCUUCGCGACUUUAUUUGUAAAACAACGGAUUUUCGGCUUGUUUUUAAUUUUGAGCAGACGCGUAUGGUUACCAUAUUUGGAGAGCAUGGUAUAAUGGCUCAUAUACCAUGCUAUGUUGUAAUAUUUUAUACGCAAAUGAGUUCUAGCCAAUCGUAAGAGCAAUCGAAGUUUUUCGCACGUAAAAAUAAUGAUAUUUCCAUUAUCAAAAGCCACAGCGGUGCGUGAGUUUCCCGCCUUUUGUAUGAGCUUUCAGUGCCCUCACUUCGCGAGUUGCUUCGUAGUCAUUCAACAGGAAAAUUUGUUUCGUCCAGAGAGAAGUGUUUUCGUCGUAGAAUAGUGAAAACAGUUGCGGUGUUGGGGUAGAAUAGCUUAUAUAUUUCAUUGUCACUGAAGAAAAUUUUGGAGAGCUUUAAAAAAACAAAUCAGAAAAAAGGGGUUGGUACUUCUCACGGUGGUUAUUAUAUAAUGAAAAUAGGAUCUCACGUUGGUUUCUUGUGUGUUGACCCAAGGGUGUAUACUGAUUAGGGUGUUAAAAUGUAUUAUAUAGGAAAUAUGAACCAUUAAGACUUCAGGUCUUCAAAACUGUUUCUCUUUUUAACUGGGUUUAUUAAAAUUUUUGUUUUCUAUUAAUAAAUACAAUUUAAUGUGCAGCUAAAGACUUUGACGUGAUCAGUGAAAGCACAUCUGAAUUGAAUAGAGGAAGAAGAAUCCAGAGUAUUGAAGAAGAUAAAGCAAGCUUGGCAGAGACUUUCAAUCAGAAAGAAACAGCUGCAUGUGGAUAUGAAUUUAACAACAACAUAGUUCGGGGAAAAAGGGAUCUGGUUUGUAGGAUUGAGGAAGAUGAAAGCGAAGUUUUGAAAGAGGGGCUCAGCUUAGAAAGCAAAUCCGCUGAGAACACGAAAACGAACUUAGUCUCUAAAGUGACGGGAGACAGUGCUCAAAGUACCGCCGGUAGCAGCUACGAAAUGACAGAAGGAAUUAACUCCUCAAAAGGUACUUGUUUUGAAGCUAAAUGAUUGUGACGAGGACUGUUGUGGCGUGAGUUUUACAUUAGCUUGAGAUUUUCCCAUGCCACCACUGUUUUCCUUAAAGAGAGGAUAAUGACGUCUGAGAAGCGAGCGCGGAAACUCCAUGCUGAUGACAAGUCACUGCCCUGACCCGGGUAGUGCUUCUGAUCGGCUUAAAAUUUGCUUUAACCAAUAAGAAGCACUACCCAGAUGUAAGUAGUGAUGCGUCAUCAGUAUAGAAUUGCAACGGUCGUUUCUUAGAGAAACCUGUAGUGACGUCGCGAAAUGUCGGCUGUCUUUUAUUUUAGUUGUACGUGGUUUUAGGAACAAAAUUUUAAAAUAUCAUCCCCAGAGAUUGUCCUUUUUUUUUAUCAUAAGGUCAAAGAAGCCGGGUAGCUCUAUUGGGGGCCAGGAAUCACUACGCAAUAAAUUUCCAUAACUGUACAAUCGGCAUAGAAAACCCAAAUUAAUAUUUUAAAAGGAAGUAAGAAAAUUUCAAGUAUUUAAAUAAAUGUGCUCUUAUUAACAGAUCAACCGAAAUUGGUUGUCGAUCACCUGGAGGCAUUAAAUGAGGUUAAACCGGGGAAAGGUAACCUUAGUGAAACCAUGGAACAUCCAGAAACGAAGGCCAUCAAAACUGACACGAAUUCCAAAACAAAAAACGAAAAAUAUUUGGCUGACAGUUCACAGAAGGCGGUAUCUUCGAACAGAGAUACAACGAAACGUCCUUCAUCAGUGAACAUAGCUUCGCUUGAAAAUGCCAGUUCGAGUCAACCAAGGAAGAUUAACUUCCACCAAAGUAAACCCGCAGGCCAGCAAGAAUACCAUGUGCUAUUGUCUAGAUGUAAGUAUUUUUUUUUGUAUUUAAAUCUCACCCUUUUAUAUAUGUCACAUCAUUUUAUAUUAUGACUGACGUAAUUCAAGGUAAACCAACUAACAAACCAACCCAUUAUUCUCUCUUGGGUAAAAAUAAUAGACUAUAAAAUUAUACUGCCGAGAGAACGAAAAAAGGUUGACAACCUCUCGGGACAGACGGCAGAUUGUUGCCAUAGGGUUUUUAAAAUCCCACUGAAACACCUCUUAUAGUGACUGGCUUUUGAACGACUUCUAAAUGUCAAGCAGUUGAAAAUGUUUUAGACACCAUUAAACGCGUAGAAUAUUUAGACUAACAGAAACGAGGUCUGAGCUUACGGAAAAUGUUUCCUGACAGGCAAGCCAAGGCCUCGUGGAAUUGAAGGGAAAACGCAUUCCUAUGAGAAGGGCUUAGUUCUGGAUGCAGAAGAAAACAGAGAAUUGGAAUUCAAAUCCCUCGUAAAUGCUUCCCCUUCUUCUCUACCAUGGAAAAUUAUGGAUAAAGCAAAGAAGUUCAUCUGUGCCUGUUUAAAUGCUGAUAGACAAGGCAUCAUUUAUUUUGGUGUUGGGGAUAGCCAGGAGAAAGGUUCGAAGUAUCAUCAUGGAGAAAUAAUUGGACUUGAUGUUGAGGAUAAGAGGGACGACAUCAACAAGGCCUUCCAGUUUGUUCUUGAUGAUCACAUUAAAAGCGAUGCUGGGUCACUACAAAAAGGCGGAGAACAGAACUGCGUUAACAUACACUUCGUCCCUGUGAAAAGCGAAGGAAUUCGUUCUAGCUUAUACGUUAUCGAGAUAGAGGUAGCUCGCGACUGGCGACUCUGCAAAGACAAGAUCUAUUAUUUCAAAGGCUGGACUGAGAAGCGAGGGAUAGACAAGGAAUGUGCUGCUGGAAAGAGAGCACUGAACGACUAUUUUAAAGUGAAAGAUGAGUUUGAAUACGCUGCGAUUCGCACGAAUGGUGCAUCUACUUUUGUUAAGCCACAUGAGGUCGACAGCCAAGUCAAGAAACCGCUUGAAGUGAAAUACAAGGACUGGAGACGAAAGACAAAACAGGGUAACUGCAUUUUGUUCUUAAUAAUAUAACAUUAAUGAUUGAUAGAAAUAAAAUCGUCGGCGUUUCGGUGAUUUCAGAAGCUCUAAAUUUCAAAAUUGUAGAGACCCCCUUAGAUAAGCUCGCGCCUUCGUGGCUCAUUGAACUAGCGCGAGCUAGCCCCAAUCCAAAAUAUGUCCCGCAGUCCCCGGACUACUUGACGACGUUUAAAGAUUCGCCCCUAAGAAUUCUGCCGUUUUAAAGCUGGUCGAGCUAUUUUCUGGUGACUCCCUGGUUAUGAAGAGAUGAAACCUACCAAAGAGCCGUUUACAGGCCGUGCACUUCAGGGCCUACUUAUCUAGAUGCAAAACAUUAGUUGCCUAAGGUCGGGCAUGAGAAGAAAGCAAAAAUUUCGGGUUUUAAUGGACACAGUAGCCAUCCGACUAUCACCUUUUGCUUUUUCCCCUUUCCUUCUUUUUUUGCUUUAUUACCCCGCUUUUUCCUUCAAGAUGGUGUCUCGUGUCGAGGCAUUUUCGAAAAACGAAAUGUGAGCGAUUAAUGAAGCAGUCGUACAAACAAAUACAAAGAAAGCGAUGAACUUUGGCUUGUCGGAGUUUACUGGUAGGUAGAAAAUUAUUGUCAUGCUGAAUUUGCAACAAAAACGUAAAACUGUACUUGACAAAAUCACCGAAGUGCAACUGAUUUGGUAAAUACUGAAACGACUUUCCCCCUCAGGGUCGGUGAACAGCGCUAGAUAUAUACCUCGACGCUUCGCGUUUCGGUAUUUAUCUACCAGUAUUCACCUCCCCUCAGGGGAUAGUUGUAUAAUAUCAAUGUGAUAUAGCCAUUACACCUUUCAAGUUGCUAUGUUAUGGAUCAGGCAAACAAGUUAAUCUGUGCCUGAUUAGAUGCUGAUAGACAUGGACUCGGGUCCAAGCGGCUCAUGCGAAGGAUAGGUCCAGGUAGAUUAAAAAGAACUUCUUUGUUUCAAAUGACUAGGGAACGCAACAAAAAGACUCCUUUUAAUUUCCUAGUAAGCCAUGUUAUAAUCAAUUUUCUCUCUUUCUAGGUGCCUACCAGAUACCUGAAGGUGAGUGAUAAAUUCUUUUGCUUUCUUCCAAAGGAGAAAAAGCAACCAUAGACGUUCUAUUUGCAAGGUAACUAAAUUGGCCGAAUUACUGAGGUUACAUAUAUCGACUGGAGUUCGGUGAGUCUAGAAUAAAAAGUUGUAUAAUAAUGACCAUCAUUUCUGUUCUAACAGGACUCAGUUUGGAGGAAGGCGACGCAAAAAAAUACACUGAAACCUUAAGAGAACGAUUACAUGAGCUAAACUACAAAGAGUAUGGCUUCAUCCUUUUUGCAAACAAGCUGCCUGCCCAGUACAGAGGUACAGCACAUUUGUCGUUCCUACAAAACAUACCUUGGGUGGCGGUGUUUGACCUGUUUGAUCCAUCCUCCAAACAAGAUGGCUUACAUCACACAUGUAACGAGACUAGCGAUGCGCCACGAGCAAAAAUACGAACCCUUGACGAAUUUAAAGAAAUAACAGCAGAAAAGGAUUCCUUGAUCUCAACUCGAGGAACGACAUGGAUUUUCAAUAAUGAAGAGAUGCAAAAGGGGGACUGGAUCAAACGUUCCAAGGACUGUUUGUAUCGCGCUCUUUCAGCCUACAAUCAAUGUUUUCUUCCAGGACGGCUUGUUUGUGUAUUCCUCUGUUUAAGCGAGACCGCUGUCAAUGAAAUGGCAGACAUCAUGGAAUGCAGUUUCAGUAUUCUUGGAGACUCAGCAAACAGCUGUGUUACUAUCAUCAGUGAAUCUAGAGAUAUUGCAGACGCAUUUAUCAAGGCUUCAAAAUAUUCACUCCAGAGAGAACUAGAAGAAUGCUCUGUAGCUGGAAUUUCGUGGGCUCUUCUGAAAGAAAUUGCUCGCGAGUUAGUAGGACCAUCUAAAUUUGAGGAGAAAGAUGCCACAACAGAGCUGCCACACUUCUCUGGUUUAAAAGCGGUUCUGAACAAAGCCAUUCACUCUUGGGAUGAUUUAGAAGUAUAUUUUCCUAAUCCUCGAUUACCCAGAUUGACAGAGGCCAUUGAGAAGGCAAGAGAUGCAUUCUAUAAAGGCGCCCAAGUGAGCCAGGUCAACCUUUUCUAUGAUCACAGUAUCCCACGAAGUCUGGAAAAAGAAGUUAAUGCUAAGGUUGGAAGUGCACUUAAGUCCCUGUCCAAAGAAAAUGUUGACGCCAGCUUCUAUGUGAAGACUAUAACUGUGUCUUACGAGCCGGGGUCUGGCGCCACGACCCUGUGUCGCAGAAUCUUGUGGAGUAAACGAACGGAAUACCGAUGUGCUGUGGUAAAAGCCAUAACAUGUUCAACAGACUACCAGAUUGAGAAACUACAAAACAUUGGCUACGAGGAAAGGAAUAUGACGUUUUCACUUCCAGUCCUCGUGCUGGUUGACAAUUUUCCGGAGAGUCAGUUUCGUUUUUUAAGAGACCACUUAAUGAAGAGGCAGACAAAAUGCGUUGUUCUUGCUACUUUACCAAUUUCAACUCCCACAGCCAAUUUCGAGAUCACUUUAAGAAAGUUGGAUGAGGAGGAGACGGCUCGCGUGAAGAAUAUUUUGAUCAACAUCACAAGUGUCGACAGUGAGAAAAGAAAAGAAGCUGAACAGGUCUUGGAAAGAGAGAAGAGGUUCAUUUGGUUUGGACUGGAACUAUUUGGACGGGACUACCUAAAGAUCAAAGAGCGGCUUCAGAAUCACAUCCGCAAUAUUUUGAUGGCUUUUCUUGGUGAAGCAAGGGAGGAGCACCAAAUGCUACUUGAAAUGUGUUGCUUUCUCAACAAAUACAGCGAUGGCAGUGUGAUCCUUCCGCAUUCAGUAGUCCUGGACUUCCUUUACUUAAGACUUUCUUGGGAUAAACAGCAAUUUCCAGCCAUUCAAGACAUCCAUGAAGCUUUUGGAGGUCUUCUCCUUGAAUUACAAGACGAAACUCAUGGGUACUACGGCUGGAGACCAGCGCAUUCCUUAGUAAGUGAAGUGGUGACGUCAAGAAUAAAUGUGCAAAACACUGCCAUACUCGUACUGGAAAAGGUUGCCAAAGGAAAAGCAUACGCGAUGAAGUUCUUAAGACAACAAGUGUUCAGGAUUUUUUUAGAUCGCAAAAGAAUAUCUGAUCCAGUGUUACUCAAGGAACAGGUGGCUGAUGAUCGUUUAGUUGGCAAUGAUUUAGAAAACGAGGUAUUUGGAUUUUUAGGAAAACGCACAAGAUAUUCGCCUCUUAUCGAAGACCUUAUGGAGGACGAAAGUAAUAUUCGAGGAGCUGGUGCCCUACAGGUUCUUCUCACAGUCUGUGAACAGGCAACUCAAAUAGAAGAAAAGUCUAAGGCGUGGCAGCAGUUGGCAAGAUUUAUGGGAUAUGAGAUGCGUACAAACAGUUUAGAUGAAGAAGUUGAUCUACGUAAUAUAGUGGAACGACUGUACAACGCUGUGAAGAAAGAAAGUCAUGAAAAACCACCCCUUCUCCUCACCGGAAUCGAUGCGGCCCACAUGGCCGUUGAUAUUGCAAUCUCUCUACAACGCACUUACACUAACCACUACACCACCAAAGGGGUUUUGUACUUUCUCCAGCUUACAGAUUAUAAGCGUACACCUCUUCGAUCGUUAUCGGAGGCAGUCCAAACUUGCCGCAAAGCACUGGAGAUUUAUGACAAGGCUCUGGCGACCUCAAAGGUACCAAAUCUUUUCUCAAUGAUUGGAAAAAUUGAAGCCAUAAUUUUACUUCUUGAGAUCGUUAAGUCUUGUUUUCAUUUUGAUGAGAAAAGGUUUUUGAGGUACUUGAAAGAAGCGGAGGCUCCCUCAGAAUUGAUGGGGCUUUCUUUAGAGGACCAAGGUUUCGUUCAGUGUCUCCCUUCGACCAUUCUUGAUAUCCUGAACGAACUGUUUGGAAACGUGAAGAUCAGGCAGACGACCACGUAUGAUGAAAAUGAAAUACGAAGUCUUAACAACGCAAAGAUAAGAGCUUCCAAUCUUCGGAGACAGUUCUAUGAAAUCACCGGAAUGGACAAAACAGAGUUAAGCAGUGAAGAAUGUUCAAUGCAAUUGUUGUCUUCUACCUCUUUAACUGGCCAAGACCACGCUCUAUAUCAGCAGCAAGUUCAAGACUUUCUUUACUUCAAAGACGAGACCCCUUACAGCACAUGGUCAAACAUUAGUAAAAGCGAUGCUAAUUUGAUCUAUCAGUUGUUAAAAUCCCUUUGUCUUAAUGGUUAUGGUAGCCAUAAUGACAUGCUAAUUUGUUCCAAGGCUUGUCUUCAGCUUAAAGACAAACCUUCCGUUAAUGAGCUCGACAAGAUUGUAACUAAAUUUGUGGAAAAAUUUCCUAAUUCCGAGUGGGCGCAUCUUUUCUACUACAUGAUACAUUUUCCUAUUCCAAAUGGAGGCCUUGCUCACUACACUUCGCAAACCAAAGAGUCAAUCAAACGAUGUGCAAACAUUGUUCAGGAAAAGGCAGGUUCAGGAUUUCGAAAAUCAGGUGCUGAGUACUUCCUUGGUAAAGGAAUUGGUCUGAAUGCUAUUGUUAAUAGUCAUGAAUUUCAGUGGCUUGAAACAAAGUGGAAGUCAAAGACACAUUUUUGGCGAGGCAAGGAACCCUCUGAGCGUUUAGAACGUGUGCAAGGUCAAAAGGAGCCAGGUAGGAAAGGCAUUAUUUCCUACCAGGGAAUCCAGAUACACUUUGACAACACACGUUAUCCCAAUGAAAGCAAAGACGACUUGUGGUUUUAUCUCGGAUUUACUGUCGCUGGACCCUACGCCUAUGAUCCAGUGGAUAAAGAAACAUACGCUUCGCUUCAGAAAAAUGCUUCACCGCUUACGAUGCCUUACGCAUCUUCCGAAGGCUCCACCAACAGCGGCAAAUUUAGCGGUCCCCCUGGUUAUCAUGGCGCGCGAAAGAGUGGUCGUUCAACACCUUGGCAGCAGCUUGGAGCCGCAGCCUUUGAGCCGGAACACUACAAAGAAGAAGAUACGAGCUGCGAUUCUGAAGUUUUCAGCGAAAGGAAAGCGCAAAACAGUACUGGAGGUGACGGUUUCGACGAUGCAGACGAGCGGUUUACCAUAGGUGGUCGUUUCAAUGCAUUGUGUGCCAGUGAAAGUGACGAAAGCCCUCAGAAGCAAUUCGAAUCCGUUUGGAAAGUUCGUAAGAAGGCGCCGUCACAAGACCAAUGGAAAACAGUUGAAAGGAGGACAUCCAAGGCAAAAGAAAACCCAGCAGAUGCGAUAGGAGUGAAAAGCAAGCGCGUAGUAGGGACCCGUGGAAACGAGAAGAGAUGGUUUGAACCAAAACAGGUGACUCAAGAAGGAAAACUACAUCACGGAGCGUUUGUUUUGGGUACUAAAAAAGGAAAAGAAUGCACUGUUCACAAGCCUGGAUGUGAUGCUAGUGUAACCGAUAAAUGCAAUUUUGCACAUGGUUGGAGGGGUGAUACUCUACAGUUCGUGUGCACAAAGUGCACGGAAGAAAACAAGUUUGUGUGCAGAGAGAAAGUCAACCAUGAACGAUAUACCUGGAAUCUGGGACCUUACCUGGACAGUCGUGGAGACAUAUGGAAGGACAAAAAGGCAUAA